AGGAAUCAUCACCCACUCGAGACCUGAUGCAUUGGAUUUCACAAGGACUGUGGAUUAAAUCUCAGUUGACCUCAAAGCCGCUACAGUCUGCCCAGAACUGCGGAUGCAUUUGCGGCCUCCCCAAGUCCCGGAAGAUAUUGGUCUGCCUAAGACCUAGCUAAAUGUACUGUUUUCCUAAACGGGGUGGGUUCAAUGUCUUCCCAAAACGUAUGAUGUGAUGUGAUGCUGCAGAAAGUAUCCUUUAUGGCUAAUGUUGAGGAUUUGCCGGAGUGUCCAUUGCAACAGCACUGCUCGAAAACUCGACAAGUUCGAGGAGACACUCAUCCAUCCAGACAGCACAGCUUUCAUCGACAUCGCUGAAUAUGUAUCAACCACAAUGACGGCUUAGGUGUUCAUGUUCGUAACUUGAGCGUCUGCGCUGGCAUCGAUCCUCAUGUUCGCUCAGCCGUGUCUCAGUCCCGUACGGUGCAUGGAUCUACCUCUUGAGCUUGCUUCUCACCAUGGCUCGGACACUGACCAUUUCUUUUCCUUAGCACCAAAUUCAAGCGGUGAAAGCUCGAGUCUAAUGGCAAGCGGAUCGAUGGUUGGCACGGGCACACACUGGACAAUCAGUGCAUACGCCAUUUCAUGCACCAGAAAUGCUGGAAUCCAGACCCAAGGUCAACCCGAGCUGUGCUUGAAUGAUGAUGCUUACAUUCUGCAGCGCAGUGCCAUGUACUACGAGAGCAAUGAUGCCCAGAACGAGGUCCGGCACAGGUGAUGGGUAUGUUGAUCCUUUGUAGCGGCUCGGAGACUCUGGGCACGGAGUAGGUGCCCAAUGAUCUUGAUCACCCAGCCGUGCCAGCACACUCCUUUCAGCCUUCUUGCAUGAAGGCCUUGUGAUAUUGAACGGCGCAGCAAUACUGUCAGAACCAAUCCUCGCGCUCAAGAAGGCCACGACCACAUCACUCCCAAUAGCGAGUUGCAACGAUGUGACUGGCAUCGCAGGUGCAUGCUGAUAGGCCGUCUGAUGUGGUCUGGAUCUCGGUCACUGCAUAUCCAGGUCCCGGAGCUUUUCCAGCAAGCGACUGAGCUGAAUCGGACCAAAAAGAUCUUCCCUAUCGAGACUUUUGGCGUAUGUUGCCGCAUCUCUAUUCGCUGCCAGUAGGCGAAACAACGCCUUCUGCGGGCUAGAGUCAACUUGGCAUGCAUGCUUCUCUCGAGCAAGCUUCCGGUGUUGUAGACCUCCAAGCAACCUGCAUUCAACAAGCGACAUCACCAAAUAUGGCUGGCUGAGACGCGGGAACUUGCAUAGAGCCCUCAGCUUGGAGGAUGGACAGCUUAAGGUGAGAGCAACUUAAGCUGUCCAUCCUGCCGCCCCGAGAUCAGGAAGAUGUGAACCUUACCAAGCUGCUUGCUAUUGUCAGUCAGUGUUACAAUAAUGAUUACAUUUGCUCUCGCUCUGGCCUUGCUGCCAACAAUCCUGAACGCAAACCCGACGUUUGAUCAGGUUCAAAAUAUUGUUGGACCAGCAACAAGCGGCAAGAGCACCUUAGCAACAACCACCAUGCACAUCCAGAAUGGGCUUCCGGUCGACGCCACCAUCUACCUGUACCACUGGCGCGGAGAUGAUGAAGCAACCAAUCAAGGAAUGAAAUGGGACUUGAUUCCUGCAAGAGAAACGUCUGGGGGAAUCGACGUCAAAUUUGAGAUGAUGAGAAAAGACUGGGAUAAAUGGCAUCAGCUUUCGACGUCCUGAGUGGUCCCUAUGGACCGAAGAGUUCAACAACACCCUCGGCAUGACGAACAUCAACAAGAAAGUACGAUUUGAUUUGAGAUGGGAUGCGAUUCUUGGUCGCUUCCAGCUUCCAGCUGAGUGGUCAUACUUUACUGGACGGGGAAGCAAUUUUCCAAGUGAUGCUAGUGGAAUCAACUCUUUCUUCUUUCUCCAGGUCCGCAAUGAUCUCGACGAGCGUACUAGUGUCGACGUCAAGCUUGAGACGAGAUCGGAGUCCUUUAUUCAGGACCAGACAUUCAUUCAAGAAAAGGGCGAGUCCUCGAAGGCUCCGCUUCCUUUUUUCUUUGAAAAGAACGCAACCAAGGACUACGUCGAGCUAUUCAGCUUCAAGGUUGGUCGCAAAACUAGGAAGCCCUUGACUGCCAAUCUGAAGCGGUGCGAGAUAUAUCCUGUGGAUUCCGGCUCCAACCUGGUGCUGACUAUCACCUCGACUGGCUGGUCGCUUUCUCUGUACAAAGAUGUGAGAUGCUCUGGAAAAUGGGACGUGCAGAAGGGCGAGGCAGACGGCGACAUGUACGAGGAGGAGUUGUAAUGUGACAAAGAGAAGACGCUUGAGCACGGUGCACUUGUGUUGAGCCAGCCGGACUGAGGAUGGCCAAGCAGGAGGCAGGUCAUCGAGCAAGGUGGCUGAACGAGACCCUCGAACACGGGGUGGAUGGAUAUGGCUGACUCACAACGAAUCGAUGUUACUCUCCUUUUACAUGCUUGUUGUCGUCAACGGAAGCCUCUGUCAAUAGGAUGUUGAGCAAUGCUGAGGGACCACAACCAUAUUAGGCUACGCUCAAUUGUGGUGACCACCCCAAUCAGAUUCAAUUCGACUCGA